AUGUCUACAUCUAGUAUUACAAAGUGUGGUGCUGCAAACACCCCUAAGAAGCUGCGUGCUGCUACCCAGUUCUUCAAGGCUAUGAUGGGCAAGAUUGAACCUGAGGAGGUAUUUGACAGUGGAGAUGACUAUGUCCCAAGGCCAAAGCAGAAGCCCAGACAGCCAGCUAAGCGUGGACCUCCCAAGCAUCCAUCUGCAAGGGCCAAGGCCAGCGCUGCUGAAGUCCGCCGCUUCAUUGAUGAUGAAGCACGGGAGGCCAGAGGGAUUGAGGGCACUGACAAUUAUCAAGACCAUUAUGAUGAAGAUAUUGUUGAGCUUUCUGAUGAAGAGGAUGACCAGCAGGAGAUAGCAGAUGUGGCUACAAUUGUAUCGAGUGAUGAUGAGCCUGUUGUAUCUACCAGAGGCCCUGCCUCUACCUCAAGACUGAGAAGAUGUCGCUCCAUCCUUGAAAUGUCCAGGUCAAGCCCUGACCGGGACACUGGACUUGUGGGUUCAACCCCGGAUAGUCCCGUCAAAAGGACAAACCUGACGGGUCCGCCAGACACUCCUGCAACACCAUCCCCAAGCAAAGAUAAAGUGAGAGCCAAGCGCAUUGAGCGACCAAGUCCUGCUGCAGAUGAAGAAGAGUCAACAACUGCAUCCCCAACCAAGAAGUCACGUACUACAGUCAAUAGAGGCAAAGGCAAGGAAAAGGCAGUAAUCAGUUUGGAUGCAGAUGAUAAUCCAUUCAUUGCUGGAACAAGCAACAAGGAGGCUGUGUUCAUUGGGAGCAAUUGGAACUUCAAGCGCACUAUCCAGUGGUCCUUCACUGGCAACUGGCUUGUCAACCCUGCCCGUGCAAGCCCUAAGAACUUCUCCACUAGCCUACCUGGCUACACUCGUCCAGUCAUCACCUUCAACGGCAAUCCUGUCGUCAACUUUACCCAGGGCCUUGUAGAGUUCAGCUAUCUGAUGGAGGGCCACCUCGACUAUAUUCAUGAUAGGCAGAGCAAGUGGAUCACCAUCACGCUAUUUGCAGUGGAGCUUGAUCUUGCGUGGGGAUUCUGGUCAAUAGAUGAAUCCCAAUCCCGCCCAUCGUACUCCAGAAAGUCCUUUGUUGACCUGACUAAGGUCGUCAAGAGCCCCAUAAAGGACAAGGUGUCCUCACUGUCUGCCUCCAAGCACCCCAAGUCCCGCAGCCGGCCUGCGGAAAUAUCAAGCUCACAGGUAGCAGUGUCUUCAAACCAGAAGAUACCCAUCUGGGAUGCCAGGCACUAUUUUGAGCAGCAGGAGGCCCCUGUCUUUGACAUUGAGACAAUUGCCGCCAACUGUCCUAUUGUUGAGAAGGAGCCAGCACACCAUUCUGUUGUGGCUGUGCUGCACACUGUGUCCACCUAUGGUUGUGCGGGUGAGCCUACCAAUCUGUCGCUCAAUGUUGCUGGUGUUGUCAUCCUGGUUGGGAAUGAGGCUCGGGGUAACUGA